UGGGGGACAAUCACGAUCCGUCUGCCAGUCUGUCGCGGUAAUAACAGUCGGUGCGCUCCUUCAAAGGUCUCACUCGGACUCGGCGGAGCCACGGAGGACAAUCCGCGGCCGCCAUGGACGAAACGUGAACUUUAAAUUUCGGGCGGGAAGCGGAGGAAGUCAACUUUAUUUCGGAGAGAAGAGACUCGCGAUGAACGAGCUAACCGCUAACUUGUCCUGUCCUCCGAGUCGGCGUCUUUACCGGGACAGUCGAUCCUCGUUGGAGUGAAGACGCGGCGAGAGGGACAGAAAAACUGCGUGAUGCUUGGGGAUGGAGGAGGCGGAGCCAAGCCACUACGUCGCCCAGCUGAAGGCGGAGUUUGACAGCUGCGACACGACGUGCAGGGGCUUCCUGGACCGGGAGGAAGUGACGGCGCUCUGCAGGAAGCUGCAGUUGGACGCUCACCUGCCGCUGCUGCUGGACUCGUUGCUGGGAGGCGGCGCCUACGCCCGGGUCAACUUUGAGGAGUUUAAAGACAACUUUGUGGACGUCUUGUCUCGCUCGCUGGACUUCAGCACAUCAGACGACGACAGCAGCUGCCUGGAGCCAGUCGUCCCAGAUGAAGUGAAGCCGAAGUUUGUGAAGGGUGAAAAACGUUACGGUCGACGCUCGCGGCCUGACGCUCAGCCCGAUGUUGCGUUGAGGUGUCACUCGGACGACUCGCCGCCGCCCAACACCCGGACCACCGACUCGUCACCAUCAGGUGUCCGCAGGCCCAAAGUGCGCCGAUCUACGUCUCUGGACAGCCUUGAGAGCCUGAAGUCUGACGACGAGCCAGGAAGUCCCAAGGAUGUCACCCGGACGUACUUUCAGUCUAAAGGGCAGGAGGAGGAGCCGAUAGCGCUGGCGGGCCAGGAAUUGGACUUCCAGAAUGUCCUGUGUGGCUCCACGCCCAUGUCCUGCUCGACGCCUCUACGGCCCACUCCCCUGCAGGGGGCGCCGCUCAGGCCUCAGGCGGCGUUUGAGGAACGCUCCGCCGCGCCGUCCCUGCUGACUGCGGCGCUCGGCCCCAGAGUGCUCAGCCGGCUGGACGACGGUUCGGGAUGUACCAGCCCCGAGCGAGUGGUGGGCCUGUGGACGGAGGAGGGCAUCAGGAACGGCCACGACAUCCUGCAGACGCUGGACUUCCCUCUGGAUGAGCGUCUGAUUCUGACCGAGCUGACGUUGGCGUUGGAUAACGAGCUGCUGGUCAGCGGUAACGGCAUCCAUCAGGCGGCGCUCAUAUCCUACAAGAACGAGAUCCAGCACCUGCAGGGGGCGGCGGAGCAGGCGUGCAGGGAGCGGGACAAGGCCAAGGCCGACCUGGACCAGGCCGACCGCAGAAACCUGCAGCUGGUCCGGGAGGUGGACGACCGCCACGCCAGCAUGGAGACGCUCAACCAGAGCAGGAUCAGAGACCUGGAGCAGGACUUCCGUGAUAGGCUGGUGGCACUGCGGAGUCAGGCGGAGCAGGAGAGCGACGCCCUGCUGCAGCAGCUAGACCGAGAGCACGGCGUGCUGCGUGAAGAGCUGCGUCUACUGAAGGCGCAGGAGGCGGGGCUACAGGAGGAGCGCUACAGUGUUGCCCAGGAGAACCGGCGUCUGGAGGAGGAGCUCGCUGAUGUCAAGAGGAGACUGACAGAAGCUGAACGCUCAGCGGAGGGCCUGCAGAGAGACAUGGAGGAGCUGCUUCACGACAAGUUUGGCAGCUUGGACGCCGCGGGCGGAGGUUUGAACCCAGAGGAGCGACUGUGUGCUGUCGUCAAGGAGUACGAGCAGCGCUGCAGAGAGCUGCAGGACAAAAACGACGAGCUGAGCGCCGAACUGGAGCUGCUGAACGGUCAGAGGGUUGAGAAGAAGUCAAGACGCCCCUCCGCCGCGCUGAGCUGGACCGGACUACGCUGUGCUAGCGAGUCGGACUCUGACGACUCCGAGGUGAAGCGUCGAUCAUCUCCGCCCCUCCGGUCCAAAAUGGAACCAGCUGAUACAACGAUGGCCUUCAGCAUUCAGACUGAACUUGCUGUGGAACAACUGAAGCACAAACACAGCCAGGAGCUGCAACAACUCAACAUCCAGCUGGAGACACAGGUCAACUACUACGAGCGCACUCUGGACAGGAUGAGGCAGAGCAUGGAGGUCGAACGCAAAGACAUCGCUCAGGCCUUCAAGAUGGAGAUUGACGAACUGGAGGUGCAGAAGACGCACGCAGAGCAGCAGGUCCGGCAACUGAAGGAAGCGCUGGACAAUAUGCAGAAGCAGAUCCAACAUGGAGGAUGGUCUUCUGAGCAGGAGCGCAGGAUGCAACGGGAACAAGCCGACUCGGAGCAGAACUUUGCCAGAGAGAUCGGAAACUUGGUCCAGAGGCUGAGUGCUGAGAAGGACCAGCUCGAGGCGGACCUAAAGCUGAUGAUGGACCAGGAAGUGUUGCGGGUCAGGGAGGAGGCGGAGCUUCAGUUCUCGCACAUGCAGCUGCAUCACGCCGAGGAUCAGCGCCAGCAGGACCAGGAGAGCCCAGAAGAACAUCUCCUGAGGGAGCAGCUCCGCAGUCUUCAGGAGGAAGUGCAGACCUGCAGGUUGCAGCUCAGCCAAUCAGAGGACAGUGUGGCCGAGUUCAAAGGUCGCUGCAGUCAGUUAGAGGAGGAGCUUCAGACUUGUGGCCAGAGGUGCCGAGAGCUGGAGGAGAACAUCUCCCUCCUGGAGGCUCGGGAUCUUCAGGCAGCUUCAGUUGUCCCCCAGCAGGAGGUCACGAACGUCCAGCCAGAUGAAGACCUGAAGACCAUGGAGGUGGACACUCUGAAGCAGGAGCAGACCCGAGUCCUGCAGCUCCAGGACGCCGUGGUCCGUUUGAGCCUGGAGAAGCAGAGCUACAGCCGCAUGGCCGAGCAGCUGUCUAUUCAGAUCGUAGAGAUGGAGGAGGACAUGUCCGCCCUGCAAGACCACAUGAAAAGUCUGGCUUCCAGGGUCCAGUCCGACCAAAGUGCGGACCGGCAAAGCGAUCUCGACCCCGGCACCAGUGAGGCCAGUCGGACCAUAGAGCAGCUGAAAGAGCAACUGGAGUCCAUGAACGGGGAGCUGGUCCUGGCCCGAGGCCAGACCCUGCAGCUGCAGCUGGACGUGAUGGACUCCCAGAACAAGCUGAGUGCGGCCGAGGUCGCCUUUGAGCAGGAGAAGCAGAAGAUGAGGGAGCAGCUGAUGGAGAUGGAGAACUUGGUCCUGGUUCUGGAGCAGGCCAUGGACCCAGCAAGGACACAGCUGGAAGAAGUCCGCUCGGAUAACGCCGCCCUGCGCGAGCGGCUGAACCUCCUGCAGCAGGAAGUGAACAACAUGGAGGACGACGUCGCCAGCACGAGGACCAAGAUGGAGGAGAUGGAGCGCACACGCGAGAGGGGCAGGAAGGAGGAGGAGCGGCUGCACCGGGAGAACUCGGGCUAUCGAGAGGAAGUUCUGAGUCUGAGCGGCAGGAACUUGCAGCUGAGCAACGACAACGGCGAGCUGAGCGAGCGGCUUCGUGGCGAGCAGGAAUCGCUCCGAGCCCUGCAGGAGCGCCUGGCCGCCGUCUCCAAGCAACAGGAAGAGGGCGGAGUCACGCUGCGGCGGGUGCAAGAAGAAGCGGAGCAGCAGGCGGCGAUGUGGAGGCAGGAGAGAAGGCAGCUGGAGGAGGAGCUUAGCUCCUGUAGGCAAAAGAUGCGUCAGUUGGAGGCGGACAUUAGCGUGGCGGCAUACAAGCAGCAGAAGACGGAGGCGGAGCUUAGCGCCGCGGCGGAGAUGAUGGUGGAGAAGCUCCAGCAGGAGGCGCUAUCAUUGCGGGAAGAGGGCGAGCGUCUUCGCGCUCAGCUCCACGCCGUCACCCAGGAGAACCUCGACCACGCCCGGGAAGUCUCCGCCCUGCAGAGGAAGCUGCGAGAUGCUCAAAAGAAGACCGAGGAGGCGGAGGCCGGCGCCAGGGAGCUGAUGAUGGCGGAGGAGGAGACACGGCAGCAGCAGCAGACAGUGCAGCGGCUGAUCCAGGACCAGCACAGCCUGAAGAGCCAACUGAAGGAGGCGGAGCUGGCGAAGACGCAGGCUGAGGGCCAGGCGGACGCCGCGCUUAGUCUCGUGCAGCAGCGGCAGGAGGGGGCGGGGCACAGGGAGCGGGCGGAGCAGCUGCUGGCUCAGCUGCAGGAGGAGCAGAGGCGGAGUCGUCGGCUGGAGGAGGAGCUUCGGCUUCAAGCAGAGCACAGCUCCGCCCACGUCGGCCUGCAGCAGGAACAGUACGAGAAGGCGGUGGCGGCCCUGCAGCGCAGGACGGAGGAGCUGGAGAGCAAGCUGAAGGGCGUACGUGUGGUCCUGCAGGAGAAGGUCCAGCAGCUUAAAGAGCAGAUGGCCAAGAACGUCAAGUCCAGCGUGAUGUUGAAGGACCUGUACGUGGAGAACUCGCAGCUCAUGAAGACGCUGCAGGCCACCGAGCAGCGUCAGAAGAACGCCGAGAAGAAGAACUUCCAGCUGGAGGAGAAGGUCGGCGCCCUCAACAAUCUGCUGAGGGAGAUCGUGCCAGCGUCCCUCGCCACGUAGCCCCCGAGGAACCCGCCAUCGUCAAGAAACAGUGUUAUGAUAGUCAGAGUGACGCCUCCUGGCGCUCCAACCAGCUUUGCUGCUCACCAAAAUGUAUUAUGAAGCCACAUUAAAUUAUGUUUUUAACA